AUGACCGGCACCACUACUCUCAGCCUGACCCCAGAGCAUGCCGAGGAGCUGAUUCGGCUCCUCACUGAUGGGCUGGUGAACAUCGAGGACAAGACCGGCGAGUUCCUGCUGCACCUGGAGGACGGGACUGUGAUCGACACGAAAGGCUGGUCCGGGUGGGAGUGGACACACGGCAUCGCCCUGACCGCGCUGUAUCACCACCAGGCCGUUGCGCCUAAGGACGCGGCUGCGUAUUCCACUCGCACGGCGAUGGACUGGUUCGAGGCGCAGUACAAGAUCUCGUCUGUUGGCGCACCGAAGAACAUCAACACCGUGUCGCCGUUCUACGCCCUCUCCUCGUUCAUGGGGGAUGGGAAGGUCACCGAUGCCCGGUGGUCGGCGUGGUGCGACGACUGGGCCGAGUGGCUCAUGGACGGUCUCCCGCGGACGCGCGAGAACGGCUUCCAGCACAUGACGUACAAUGCAAUGCACGACCAGCAGCUGUGGGACGACACGCUCAUGAUGUCGGCGAUCCCUCUCGCACGUAUUGGCAAGCUCCUCGACCGGCCCCAUUACGUCCAGGAGGCCAAGUAUCAGUUCCUCCUGCACGCGCAGUACCUCGCGCACACCCCCAGUGGGCUGUGGUACCACGGGUGGCGGUUCACUCCAUCUGGCGGUGAUAACUUUGCCGGUGCGCUGUGGGCGCGCGGCAACUGCUGGAUCACGAUUGCGAUUCCACUCCUCCUCGAGAUUCUUAACGACGAGAUGCCCGAGGGCGAUGCGGUGCGCGAGUUCCUAAUCUCCACGUUGCGGCGGCAGAUCGACGCGCUGGUGCGGACCCAGAGCCCUGGUGGGCUGUGGCACACCUUGCUACUCGAUGAGACGAGCUAUGUCGAGAGCAGCGCUAGUGCGGGUUUCGCGGCCGGCAUCUACAUGGCCCUCCGGAUGGGGCUUGUCAAGGGCGACGAGUACAGGCUAUGUGCGGACCGCGCGCUUGCCGCUGUCAUUGGGUGUAUUAGGGAGGAUGGAGAGCUCGAGCAGGUCAGCUUUGGGACGGCGAUGGGAGAUAGCUUCCAGUUCUACAAGGAUAUCCCUAUUACUUCCAUGCCGUACGGGCAGGCGCUGGCUAUGCUUGCGCUUGUGGAGUGGGAGCGGAUCCAGGCGUAG